AAAAAAAAAGUUGAAAGGGUUAUAUAAAAACCUAAAAGAGGAACAAUUCCAAGCACUUAAGAUUUGUUGUAUUGUUAUUUUGCCUUUUCGCUAUCGUCUUUGCCUAUCAACUCCACGGCGCAGAUCCGAGGAGUCUCUAUUUCUCAAUCCAAACAACCGCUCUAAACACUCUCUUCUUUUAUUGCUCCUACUCUUCCAGUCAUGGCAGGUUUGGCACCAGAAGGAUCCCAAUUUGAUGCUCGUCAAUAUGACCAGAAAAUGACUGAGCUGCUCCAGACCGAUGGAGAUGACUUUUUCACAAGUUAUGAUGAAGUUUAUGACAGUUUUGAUGCAAUGGGACUUCAAGAGAACCUUCUGAGGGGUAUCUAUGCAUAUGGUUUUGAGAAGCCUUCUGCUAUUCAGCAAAGAGGAAUUGUACCAUUUUGCAAGGGUCUUGAUGUGAUUCAACAGGCACAAUCCGGAACUGGGAAAACAGCGACUUUCUGCUCUGGAAUUCUACAGCAACUUGACUAUGCUGUAGUCCAAUGCCAGGCUCUGGUUUUGGCACCCACGAGGGAGUUGGCACAACAGAUUGAGAAGGUCAUGCGAGCACUUGGUGAUUACCUUGGUGUUAAGGUCCAUGCUUGUGUUGGUGGGACAAGUGUUCGUGAGGAUCAGCGCAUUCUUCAAAGUGGUGUUCAUGUUGUUGUUGGUACUCCUGGUCGUGUCUUUGACAUGUUGAGAAGGCAGUCACUUCGUCCAGAUUAUAUCAAGAUGUUUGUCUUGGAUGAGGCUGAUGAGAUGCUUUCCCGUGGUUUUAAGGAUCAGAUCUAUGAUAUCUUCCAGCUGCUUCCAGCCAAGAUUCAGGUUGGAGUGUUUUCUGCCACAAUGCCGCCGGAGGCCCUCGAGAUUACUAGGAAAUUUAUGAAUAAGCCUGUGAGAAUUUUGGUAAAGCGUGAUGAGCUAACCCUGGAGGGUAUCAAGCAGUUUUAUGUGAAUGUUGAAAAGGAAGAGUGGAAGCUUGAAACUCUGUGUGAUCUUUACGAGACCCUAGCCAUUACCCAGAGUGUCAUUUUUGUGAAUACCAGGCGUAAGGUCGACUGGUUAACUGACAAGAUGCGAAGCCGUGACCACACAGUGUCUGCCACCCAUGGAGACAUGGACCAGAACACUCGCGACGUUAUCAUGCGUGAAUUCCGCUCUGGUUCAUCUCGGGUUCUCAUCACCACUGAUCUCCUUGCUCGAGGUAUUGACGUGCAGCAAGUCUCUCUAGUCAUAAACUAUGAUCUGCCUACUCAACCAGAAAACUACCUCCACCGUAUCGGUCGAAGUGGAAGGUUUGGGAGAAAAGGUGUGGCCAUCAACUUUGUGACUACAGAUGAUGAGAGGAUGCUUUUUGACAUCCAAAAGUUCUAUAAUGUGGUCAUUGAGGAGCUGCCAUCAAACGUUGCUGAUCUCCUUUGAUGAGAUUAGACACCCUUUUUGAAGAUUGUUGAGGCAAGGUGUUUUGUUGUUUUGGCAAGUUUCUUAUUUUUCUCCCUAUCUAGCGUCUUAAGUUAAAUGUUCUUAAACAUAUCUGACCAUUGAAUCCAGUUUUGCCCACUCCUUUGUGGUGGGUUUAAUAUGUUAUUUCAAGUUUUUAUGCAGCAGUAGGGUUUUUGAGUUGUAUGUCAUCAUUUACUAGUUAUAAUAUAAAAUCAUGGAAGGCAUUUCAUACA